AGGGGGAAUGGGAGAGGAUGUAGGUAGGUAGAGAGAGAGAGAGAGAAAAAGAGACAGAACGAGAGGGAGAGAAGACGAAGUAUAGACAGAUAGAGAGGGAAAGAGAGAAGGGGAGGAGAAAUGAGCCAGACCAGCUGACUGAACUGGAAGGCUUUUGGGAAGCUCAACUGUUACAUUUUAUAACGGAACCAAGUCUGUGAGAAGAACAUAAUAUAUAUACACACACAUAUAUACACAUACAUACUUAUGUUGGUACAAUGUGUGUAUAUACAUGCUUUGUGUGUAAACGUGUAUGUAUAAACAAUGCUACUAUGAGUCUACCCAUGUGUCUAUAACAAAGUCUGUGUGUGUGUGUGUCUAUAUAUAUAUAUAUAUUUAUGUACAUAUAUAUAUGAAGUAGAGUGUGUUAUGUAUUUAUAACAGUAUUUGUGUGUGUGUGCGUGUGUAUAUAUACAUAAGUAUAUAUACAAAAAUGUAAAAAAUUGAGUGUGUACGCAUGUAUGUGUAAUAUAAGUCUUUUGCAGAGCUACGCACAUAUGUAUAAACUAGUAGAGUGUGUAUAUAUAUAUUUACACAUGUAUAUAUAAGCUAGUCUACCACUGUCCACAAUGACAACACAAGAGGAUUCUGCCAAGGUAAUGGCCUCACGUCUAUCUCCAAACAUCAUGAACACCACCACAUCACAAACACCAUCACCACCGCCGCCAACAUCAACAUCAUCAUCACCAUCGUCAAAGACAUCGUCGUUGUGUUCUACAACACAUGCAACAACAACAAUAACAACGACGACAAAGAUGUCACCGUCACCGCCUCCCCGUAACGACGGAGCUGAGGUUCGAAACUCUAAUGAGGAAUUAACUCGAACGCAGGACAGCCACGUUCAUACGGGAUAUAAAUAUAGAACUAGUCUUCCAAAACCAAUGUUCUCACGCAAUGACUUCAGUAUAUGGAGCAUACUUAAACAAUGUAUCGGAAAGGAACUCUCCAAAAUGACGAUGCCUGUUAUCUUUAACGAACCUCUGAGCUUGUUGCAACGUAUGGCAGAACAUAUGGAAUAUGCAUAUCUGCUAGAGAAGGCAGGAACUGCAACAGAUCCCGUCGAACGCAUGCAGUAUGUAUGCGCCUUUGCUGUGUCUUCAAUGUCAUCCAAUUGGGACAGAUUAGGAAAACCUUUCAACUGUCUUCUUGGGGAGACUUUUGAAUUACAAAGAAACGACCUUGGUUUCCGUUUGAUCUCUGAACAAGUCAGCCAUCAUCCUCCCAUCAGUGCAUUCCACGUAGAAUCUGACCUGUUCCAAUUUCACGGAUCCAUCCAUCCCAGAUUAAAGUUUUGGGGAAAAUCAGUUGAAGUCAACCCUAAAGGAGUUAUUACCCUUGAACUUACCAAAUUUGGUGAAGUCUACACAUGGUCUAAUGUCAACUGCUGUGUACAUAAUGUAAUUGUGGGGAAGCUUUGGGUUGAACAUGUGAGUAUCUUUCCUUGUACAUUAUCUAAAGCACACACUCAAUCUGUGGAAGCAUUUCAAUUCACUUGUAGCUUUACCGUUCUUGGUAAAAGUAUAGAAUUCUUCAGUUUAGAGCUGGGGUUUCUGUUUUCUGGAAAAAAUUAUCAAAGUGCACAUGUUUAUAAGGAAACAUGCUAUCAUUGCUUUUUGGCUGCAGUUGAUUACCAUAAAACCAAAGUGAAAGCCCUCCUUGGUAGCUGGGUGCAAGCUUUGUAUGCCGUUGAUGUAAGCACUUACGAACAAUUUUUGAAAACUCAAAAAUUUGACUCCUCAGCUGACAACCCUACAGUUUUGUCUAGGAACGGCAUAAGCAGUGAGGAGGCUGGUGUCAGUGGUGGCGCUGCAGCUGCUGCUAUUAGUGACACAGAUGACAUUCCUGGUGUUCUUCCAAAUGCUGAUCCUGGUAUACCAGGACAAGUUCUUCUCUGGAAAGCGUUUCCUAGACCAGAGACCACAAAUCAGUUCUUCAGCUUCACCCUGUAUGCCAUGAUGCUGAACGAAUUGACGGAUAACCUCAAAGACAGGUUACCACCAACAGACUCCCGCCUUCGGCCUGACAUUCGUCUGUUGGAACAAGGAGACAUCGAUGGUGCCGCUAUUGAGAAGAAUAGGUUAGAGGAAAAACAAAGAGGUCACCCAAUACGUUCAGUGAAGGUGUUUGACACUGCUGCCAUGGAGAAGAACAGGCUUGAAGAAAAACAAAGAUCAGCUCGCCGAGAACGGAAGAAAAAGAAAGAAGAAUGGACGCCUGUAUGGUUCCACUAUGGUAUCCACCCGACCACUGGUAAAGAAGACUGGCUCUUCAACAAAGACUAUUGGCAGCGUGAUUGGUCAAGAUGUCCAGAUAUAUUCUGACCAUCCUUCAUUCUUCAUUUUUUCAAUUUAGUCUAAUGUUUAUUCAAUAACAGUUCAAUAUGCAAAUUGAUUUCCACUGAAGGAACGACCAUUGUUUUGUCUUCUUUGGUUGGUGGGUACAGUGCAGAUUGUGUCAACAUGUGGGCUCACACCGCACAGUUGCAACAUGUUUGUUGUUUUCCACAUGUUGCAGUGGAGUUUACUGCACGAGAUUGUCAGCCCACCCUGCUAUUGUACCCCACCCAAUCUCUUACUUGAACUUGAAACACAUCAUCACAUGUGCACUGUACAGAUAUUGAAAUGUAAUUUGGUGAGUUAAUGAUGGUUAUUUAAUUAGCAACACUGUGGAUGAAUCACUCAGUGGACACCGACACAAUUCAGCACACACACACACAAAAAUGCAACACAGAAAAAAAAAAAAACUUAAUGCAUUGUGUAGAGUUUAUAAUUUUGUCGGAAAAUAUUUCAGCGAACAUAUAUAUAUAUAAUUAGCAGAAGUUACAAAGUGACUUAAGGACCAAGAGUGCCAUGCAUUGGCCAUUAUUUAAAUCUCUGGGCCCCUCAGUUACUUUGUAACUUCUGCUGAUUAAACAAUGUAUAUAUACACUCAUGUUUUGAGUUCUGUUUUCCUGUUUGUAACACCAAACAUAUAUAGACAAACAUACAUACACAUAUAUAUAUAUGCGCACAUUUGUUUACAAAAGUGUAUAAAAUCAAUCUGCAUAUAUGUCUACACAAAUACAAUUGCAAACACAGACAUGAAACAGUUUAAUUAGACAAUCCCCUUAACACUAAUGAAUUGUAUAUUGAAUUAAUGAAGACAGUUUUUCUGUCAUGCAGAUGACACAAACACACAUCCAUGCACACACUGGCAAUAAAAUUUAGUUUUUUAUAUUUUGUAGCUACCAAAAAUUAUAUUUUACAAAAUUUUGGACAAAAUACACACAUACAUAGAUAUGCAUACAGACAUACACAUAUGCAUAUGUGUGUGUGUAUAUACAUAAACUAUAUAUGUGCAUGAUUGUGUUGAUAUGCAUAUAUGCCUGCUUGUACGUAUGAGUGGUGUGUAAGUAUAUAUAUAUACAUACAUGCACACACAGACAUACACACUUCCACAUCACGGUUCCAAAUAAUUAUUUUUAUCUUUCAAACAAACAAAAAAAGUAAAACCUAGUUUUUUUUUCCUUCAUAAUAUUUUCUUCACCGUUAACUGACACCUUGUCCUACCUUUUCUCACAAACACAGGUUGAUAGGUUGGUCCUCUCACUGAGCCCACGUAUUUCCCUUUUUGUCCACAUUCAAUUUCCAAACCUUCCUCUCUACCAAUUAAUUCCUCCUUUUCUCUUUUUUUCCUUAAAUAUUUUUGAUGGAACUGAAGGUCACUGCCGAAAGGUCAUUGCCCCACUCAUGCCCUCGUCAACUCACACAACAGUGCAUUCACAAGAUCAUUCCUGUCAAGUUUUUUUUUGUUUUGGCAGGGAAAGAGUGUUCUGUCCCCAUCCCACUAACCCCCAUUUAUAUAUACCUAAGUUAUUUGUUACAUUGCUGUGUUGGAGAUCAAGUGGGAUUACCGUAUUAGUUUGUUUCAUACCUUAUAACCAGGGGCUGAAUUCAUAAAAGACUUUGCAAAAUAUAGUGUUGUACUUCCAUCGACCCAUCAAAAAAAAAACAAAACCAUGCCAAGGGUCAGCUUUCCCUUUCAUCCCUCGCAGGGGCUUGAUUAAGCAAGCAAACAUGGAAAUACCAGUAAUAUAUUAGAUUGGAAUAAUCACAAACACAUUUUUCACUUGUUGCUUGCCCUUCAUUUUGUUCUUUAAGAAAAACAAAUUUAUGCCUCCAUCAAAUAGAAAAAAAAAAUCGAUUUUGUUAAUAUUUUGCUGAAAGAUCAACCACCUAAUUGCUAUGCACACACACACACACACAUAUAUAUAUAUAUGUCUGUGUAUAUUUUAUUAAUAAUCAGCACCACUGACUGAAGAGCCAAGAAUUCUGUGGGUUUGUUAAGUGCUAACACACAAAACUCUAGGCUCCUGAGUCACUAAUUUCUGCUUGGUUACUAUAUAUAUAUAUAUAUAUAUACAUACAUAUAUAGUUAUGAGUGUGUGUGUAUGUAUAUAUGUUUAUAUAUACACACACAUUCACCCAGUUAUGAGUGUGUGUAUGUAUAUAUACAUAAAUUGUAGCCAGUUGAAGGUUUAGUCGUUUGGUGUUCAGAUCAUUCUGACAAAUCUAAUGCUAAUCUAUUUUCAUUUUGAAGUUAUGAUGCGUUAUCUCCGAGUUGUGAGAUUUUGCUGAUGUAAUUGUUUUUAGAAUGGCAUUGUAGUGUAAGUUUGAGAGGCCAGAUCUAGCCAGUUUGAACAUAACAUUUGGACUUUAUAUGGUCAGUUAAAGGGUCAAAUACACAUGUGAGGCUUGUGUGUUCAGUUACAAUUCAGGCUUUUGACCUCCAAUGACCCAAUUAGUUUACGAAUUGAUGGCAACAGUCUUCGGCCAGUUUGGCAGUUAUUACGUUGGUUUUUAGUACCUUAAUAGCAUUUGUUUAGGUAGAGGGAACCAUCCUAAGACCUCCAUGUCUAAAUGAAUGUGGCAUUUUUAUAUAAAUACAUUUAGCUUGUACAAAAGAUAUGCAUUUGUGUGUGUUACUAUAUAUAUAUAUAUAUAAAUAUGUAUGUACAUAAGUGUAUGAUGUACAUAUAUCUUUGUGUGUGUCUAUAUAUACACACGAGUAUAUAUAUAUAUAUAUAUACAUAUAUACAUAUUUGUAUGUGUAUAUAUUGCAUAGGUGAUCUUUUCUGCUUAAUAUAAAAAAAGCAUUAUCAAUAGUGUUUGUAUGUGUGUAUAGGUGUGUGUGUGUGAGUGAGAAUUCCCCCCCCCCCCAACAUUUAUUGUCUGUUGAAAUCUCCCUCCCUUGAAACACACUCUUAUGUUACACAAUAAUCUCAACUAGAAUUUUAAUGUCAGAAGGCAAGCAGUCUUUUUCAUUCUUAGAUAAAAAUUCACUCACUUCUGCCUUACAAGUUGUACUCUUACACCGGAAUCUGUACUUAAUUCCAGUUGUUUCUCGACCACUUUAACACCUGAGUGUUGAACUGUUUUAAUAAGCCUGAAAAUAGUAGCCCUCACCUUUAUGGAGCUUUUUUUGUGUAGAGCUGCAGUACAAUAGAAAGUAAUGAUUGUUUCAACACUGCAUACGAACCCCUUCCUUACACUCUGUGUAAAUAUCUAAAUACAAUCAACUAUUUGAGCACCUGUAGGAUAGAAGAAAGAAAAAAAAAAAGG